AUGCUGAAAUAUUCCAUAAUCAUCUUUGUGAUAUCGAUCAUUGUAUUUUCUACUAAUGGGCAAGUAAAUAAUUGUCUUUCUUAUGAAAAUAAUAUUUAUCAAGUAACAACAACAUUUCCGAAUUACAAAUCAUUUUACAGUAUGAUUACAUUGUUACCCAAAGGUUUAUCGUAUGAAGUGAUAAGUAUCGCUAUGGGAAUGAACGAAGCUGAACUUGGUUUGAAUUUGAAAGUCAGUACACUUAUAGGUCAAUAUCAAUGUGCAAAUACAAGUUCGGUUUAUCUGAAAAGUGUUGGCUAUCUUUUCAAAAGUGAUGAAACAGCUAUUCUUCCGACAAUGGAUCGUAUAUCUCGUCAUGAUUAUUAUUUAAAUUUUCCUGCCAAUGAUUCAACAAUUUGUACUGGUCAAGUUACAUAUACUUAUUUUCAAACGGGUUCAAAUCCUUAUAUUAGUUCGAAUAAACCAAUCUUUACAUUUGCACAUGGAAACAUCACCUGUUCUUUAUUACCACGGAAACAUUAUACAAAAUUAACAAACACUACACAAGCAUAA